CCAGUCGAGAUAACUUGUCUACAUGUUGUCCGCUCUCUAUCGUGUGCUGUGUUUACAAUACAGUGUUAUUGUUGUUAUUACCAAAAUAUACCAACCAGUGAUCAGUGUCGGCGACGGUGUGUGAAAUAUUGUGUAACUGGAUAUAUUUGCGUACUAUAAUAGUGAUAGGCGCGAAGCAGACAGCCACGGCAGGCGUCGAGUUCAGCUCGGGUCAUGCGGUCAGCGGUAAGCGGGUGCGGCGCGGCGUGAUGCGGUACGCAUGCGCCGGGCUGGCGGUGCCGGCGGUGGCGUGUGCGCUGAUGCUCGCGUGCGCGCGCGCAGCCGUCGCCGCCGAGCUCGCGCCGGGAAUAUGUCAAACGAUAGACGUGAGGAACACAGCCAAGGAGCUGCAGAAGCUCCGCGGGUGCCGCGUGAUCGAGGGCCAGCUCAACAUCGUAUUGCUCGAGCGAAGCACGCCGCAGGACUUCGCCAACCUCACCUUUCCCGACCUCCGGGAGGUCACGGGUUAUGUCAAGAUCUAUAGGAUGCGGGGUAUACGGAAUCUCGGCGACUUGUUUCCCAACCUCUCCGUAGUGCGAGGCAUGCAGCUGUUCAAAGACUUCGCCAUCGUCAUAUUCGACUGCGAAGAUUUUGAGAUGUUGGGGCUCCGGUCCCUGACGACGAUCGAGCGCGGCUCGGUCCGCAUCCAGAACAACGACAAGUUGUGCUAUGCCAACACCAUCGACUGGGGCCGCAUCAUACAAGAGGGGGGCGCUGCUAACAACAUGAUCAGGUCAAACUACGACACGCGGUUGUGCGGGCUGUGUCCUAACGCGCAGAGCCGUCUCGAAGACCACCGGCAGACGAAGCAAUGUCCCGCCGACACCGCGGGUAGACUGCUAUGCUGGGACGACAAGCACUGUCAAAAAUUGUGCCCGACGGUGUGCGGCGAGAACGCGUGUAUGGAGGACGGUACGUGCUGCCACAGAGAGUGUCUGGGCGGCUGCGACGGGCCCGGUGUCAACCACUGCCACGUCUGCCGUCACUUCUCCAUCGGGUACGGCCCCAACCGGACCUGCACUAAGUCCUGCCCUAUUGGAUCCUAUGAGUUGUUCCGCCGCUGCGUGUCGGAGCACGAAUGCAGACAGAUGCCGCCUCCAGCCAAUAGUGGCCGGCAGGACAACAACCAGCCGCGGAUACUGGCCUACAAGAUCUUCAACCACACGCGAUGCGUCUGGACCUGUCCCAGUGGCUAUAUGGAGCGUGGCGACAAAACUGACGGUCGUUGCGAGCCGUGCCCGGAGUCCGGUUGUCUCCGGGAGUGUCCGGGCGGGAAGAUCGAUUCCAUCGGCUCCACCGAGCGCUUCCGCGGCUGCACACACGUCAACGGCGACCUCGACAUCUCUAUACGAGCUACUGGCAGCAACACAAUGGCAGUUCUGGAAGCAGCGUUGGGCGAGAUUCGCGUGAUCAACGGCGGGCUGAAGGUGAAGCGAUCCACUCCGCUCGUGUCCCUCAUGUUCCUCAAGAAGCUCGAGAGAAUCGCCGCCAAUGACAAGAAGGGAGUGAGCCUAUACAUAUUUGGCAAUCAAAACCUUGAGUUGCUGUGGGACUGGGAGAACCACAAGCCGAUACAGAUCGAGGGUCGACUCUAUAUACACUUCAACCCGAAGUUGUGCUACCGGCUCAUAGAGGACCUCACGAACUUCACUCACUCCAAUUUCACAGAAAUGGAAGUGUCUUCUGAAAACAACGGAUACCAAGCUCCUUGUUUCAAGAAACAUCUCAACCUGAGCGUGCACAUGCUGCAUAAGAACCUAGUCAUCCUUUCAUGGGAUAUGUAUUGCACUGAUGACACACGCAAGUUGCUUGGUUACUCUAUCUACUACAUAGCGGCUGAGCAGAACGUCACUUUGUAUGGACAGCGCGACGCUUGCUCGGACACAUGGAAUGUCCUUGAUAUAACUAUGGAUGAUGUGCGGAGGAACAAUAGUACGCAGGAGCCAGAGAACUUGAAUAAGAUUGAUUUCUUGAAGCCUUGUGAGAACUUGCAACCUCUCUUCUACCCGGUGACGCAGUUGACUCCGUUCACACGUUAUGCCGCGUACGUCAAGACGUACACCACGUUGCAGGAUAAAAAGGGCGCGCAGAGCUCCAUCAUAUACUUCAAGACUCUACCUGGACGUCCGAGUCCCCCGCAAGCGCUGACUGUGGAGUCCCUGGACCCACAGACGGUGUACAUAAAGUGGCUACCCCCGGCGUUGCCCAACGGUACCAUCACCAUGUACCACGUGGAGAUACAGGCCAACCAGUACAACCACGAGACCAUCGUCGCCGGCAACACCGACUAUUGUACCAACCCGAACAAGCUAGCUACCCUACUAGCGAUUCGCGGCGAGGACGUUCCGAAGAAGCAAGAGGAGAAACCAGUUGAGGUCAAGAACGGCACGUGCGCGUGUCGCGGUGAGACCAAGCCGGGCACCAGGUUCAACUCGCAGGCCGAGGAGGAGCGCUGGGAGAGCAUCAUCUUUGAAAACGAACUGCAGAAUCAGGUGUACAUAAAGACGGAUAGAAACAAGACCAAGUCUCGGAAUCGUGUACGGACGAGACGGUCCAUCGAGACAUCCAGCCUACUGAGCACUCUCGUCAUACUAAGCGGAAAUACGCGCCCUACCAUUGGACAGAACUACAGCAACGCUACGGAAGGAGCGAAGUGCAGUCGCAUCCAGCCUAACAUAUGCGUCGUAACGGACAAUAGUACAGGCUACGUAAAGGCCCAGUACUACGAGUUGGAUGGUAACACGCGGUUUCUGACGGUGCGCAACAUGCGUCACUUCACGUGGUACACGGUCAACGUGUGGGCGUGUCGCGAACAGCAAGACAACGAGACUGCCGAGGCCUACGCUGAGACCUGGUGCUCUGAACGGUCAUACAACACCUUCCGAACUAUGGAGCUGCCGAACGCGGACGUAGUAACGGACGUGCGUGCGAUAGUACUGCCAUCUAACAAGACGUUGCCAGAAGUGAAUGUGACGUGGUCGCCACCGCAGAACCCCAACGGAUUCGUGGUCGCCUACAACGUGCACUACUCGCGGGUUGAAGACAGUAGUCAGGCGCAAGACGUGAGCCUACAGAACUGUAUCGCAGCGUCUGAGUGCAAGAACAGUUCGUGUGUGACUCUACUACGUAACCUGUUGCCUGGCAACUACAGUGUUAAGGUGACGCCUAUCACCGUCAGCGGGGCCGGCAACGGAUCUGCGCAGGCGUUCAUCUUCAUUGAGGAGAGGGCAGCAGGCCACGAAUGGAUAUGGGGCGUUAUAUGCGGAUGUGUGAUCUUGAUACUGGUUUUGGGUGCGGGGAUAUGGUACGCCAAGCGAGAGUUCUUACAACCCUCCGAGGCAAAUAAACUGUUUGCGAGCGUCAACCCUGAGUAUGUCUCGACGGUGUACGUGCCUGACGAGUGGGAGGUGCCCAGAGGAAACAUCGAGUUCAUCAGGGAACUCGGGCAAGGAUCCUUUGGCAUGGUGUAUGAAGGUAUCGCGAAGAACAUAGAAAAAGGCAAACCAGAGACUCGGUGCGCUGUGAAAACUGUCAAUGAACAUGCCACUGACAGGGAGCGCAUCGAGUUCUUAAACGAGGCGUCAGUGAUGAAGGCGUUCGACACGUUCCACGUGGUGCGCCUCCUGGGCGUGGUGUCUCGCGGCCAGCCCACCCUGGUGGUCAUGGAGUUGAUGGAGCACGGUGACUUGAAGACGUACCUCCGCUCGCACCGCCCCGACGCAGACAGCUCCUUGCCCAAGAAGGAUGACAACAAUCCGCCCACGCUGCAGAACAUAUUGCAGAUGGCUAUAGAAAUAGCCGACGGUAUGGCCUACCUAUCGGCCAAAAAGUUUGUGCACCGCGACUUAGCGGCGCGUAACUGUAUGGUCGCCGGCGACCUCACGGUCAAAGUGGGGGACUUCGGCAUGACCAGAGACAUUUAUGAGACUGAUUAUUAUAGGAAAGGCACCAAAGGCCUACUGCCGGUGCGCUGGAUGAGCCCCGAGAGCUUAAAAGAUGGGGUUUUCUCAAGUAAUAGCGAUAUAUGGAGUUACGGAGUCGUCUUGUGGGAGAUGGCGACACUCGCUAUGCAACCAUAUCAGGGUCUGUCAAACGAGCAAGUGGUCCGCUACGUAGUAGAGGGCGGGGUGAUGGAGCGGCCCGAGCACUGCCCGGACCGGCUGUACGAGCUGAUGCGCGCGUGCUGGGCGCACCGGCCCUCGCAGCGGCCCUCCUUCCUGCAGCUCGUGGCCGACCUCGCGCCCUCCUCGCAGCCCUACUUCCGACACCGCUCCUUCUUCCACUCGCCGCAGGGACAGGAGCUCUAUGCGCUCCAACGGUCCAAUGCUGACGAGGAGCAGGAGAUGACGGAGGUGAACGUGGGCGCCGUGGCGACGGGCUCGGGCUCCAACCUGUUCGGCGUGUCGGGGCGCCUGGCGUCGUGGGUGCGCGAGCUGUCGUCGCUGCGCAGCCGCGCCUCCGACGACGCGGCCGCCGAGCCGCUGCAGCCCGCCGCCGCGCCGCCCGCCAUCCCGCUCAAGGCGGGGCCCAACGGCGUGCUGCGCGAGGCGCCGCGGCCCGCCUGCUAGCGCCCGCCGUGCCGCUCAAGGUGGGACCCGACGGCGUGCUACGCCUUCUAGCGCCCGCCACCCCGCUCAAGGCGGGGCUCCACGUCGUGCUGCGCGAGGCGCCGCGCCCCGCCUGCGAGCGCCCGCCACCGCCCGCCGUCCCAGCUCCGCCGCCCGCAAUCUACCUCAGGUCGACCGCGUCCGCGAUCGACUCUUCGAAUCCUAGAUGUAAGCGUAGCUAGUGAAAUAGCGAGCGACCCGAGUCGCCCGCCGCGUUGUUUAUUUAUUUGAUACGUACGUUAUACAGGCGCGGGCCGGGCCGCGGUGGAGCAGCGCCGCCGGCGCGCCCGCCCGCACCUGAUUAUAUUUUGACUUUAGCGUAAAUGUAUCUAUAAGUAAAAGUUCUUGAAUCUUCUCUGCAUUUACUACAUUAAUUUAUUGCACACGGAGUGUGCUCUCGUGCAGAGGCGACGUUUUUUUCUAGAAGGUUAAUCUAGUUAAUUGUUUAAGAAUGAUGACGCGAUGGACGCGUUUCUUUUCGUCUAACGAUUCGUUUUCAUAUCAGGAAAUUAAUAUUUUUGCUGAAGCGAUAUUGAGUCUAUCUGUCUCGACGUGAAUCCUAUAUAGUUUACCUCAAUAAAAAUAUAGUUGUACGAGUGUCAUUUUUGACAUAAGCCGUUGUGCACCAAAAUCGUUCGAUAAGUCCUAUUGUUGAAAAUGUUGCAGUAUUUACUAAGGUUACAAAUUGUAGGUGACCGACGUGUUCUUAUGUGCGAUGAAAUAUUUAAGCACAAGAGUACAUAAAACGACUGCAAUGUUUAACAAAGACAACAGAAUAGUCCGUUUGGUGCACAGCGGUAGCCUAUUAAUGUUAAGUUUACAGUGUAAGAUGUAAAGUGUGAAUAGAUAAUGUUAUCGCGUAGAUAAAUAAGGUCGUGUACAAAUUACUUUAUUAAUUUCUUGAUAUUUAACGAGGCCGGCGGCGGGCGGGGCCCACACGUGGCCGCAGCCGGCCCGCCGCCGCGCUGCUCGACGCAAUCUAACGCAACUGUUCAAAAUACUCAAUCCGUUCACUUCACUACCUAUUACUGUUCUACAAGUGACCACUAAAUAUCGAUACAUUCAUAAAUCGGAUUUAGCCACCAAAGACUUGUCAACAUUUAAAAAUCUAUAUAUACUGUUACUUAUAGCUGUGUUACAAUAAUUGAAAAUAACUAUGUAGGCUUGGACAUGUGCCCAUGAAAUAGUUAUAGUUUGUUGCAGUUUGUUCAUAUAUGAAGCUGAAAUCAAUGUGUUCCGUAUCAAUUACAAUGCAAUAGAUAUACCUGCCAUUAUUGUUGUUUGUAUAAUAUAUUAUUACAAUUAUUGUUUAGUAUGAAAUAUACUCUAUAGUAUAGCAUAGCCAAAUACUAGCUAAUCGGGCGAGACUAGUGAAAUGUAAACCAAGUUUUAUUCGGUACUAAUGUAGUCUCGUUCUAGCAGUCUUGGAAACAACAUUUUAGCUUUAGAUGAAAUGUCAAUGAACUACAUAUUACUACCCGACAGACGUUCUUACUGGUAGACUCGGUUUUAUAUGACUAUGUACUGCAUACUUAUAUAUGUCUUGUAAAAUAAUAUUGUCAACUCAUAAAUGUGAAUCUAAUCCAUUAAUCUAUAUUAUGAAAUGUAUGUAUUAUAUCAUAGCUGGGUACCGUUAAUCAAAUAGUUAACUUCGUUAAUCCGCUACAAAAAAGUUAGCCUCGUUAAACGUUACAAUUCGGAAGUAUUAAACGCAAGUAAACGUUAAUCGUUAAUAGGUGUGUUAAAUUGCAUAUUUAUUGCGUUGCGUUAAUGAACUUAUAAAACUUGUUGGUUUAGGUUCUGGAAGUUUACAGGUUAGUAAUAAAACAAAAUACUUGUAUAAUUCAAAUAUGUAAUUUAAUUGUUGGCAUAAGGUGCAUAUUCCCUUUCAUGAACAUUAACAUGUCGAAGUUCUCAUCUGAAAGAGGCUCUUUUUAGUGUUAAAAUGUCUUUACCCGUGGAAAUCAGACGUUCAACUGCAGCGCUUGAGGGUAUAGCAGUAUUGCAUAAUGAAUAGAUUUAUGAAUAUCUGUUCCCCGAUGAAUGCAGCAUCUUUGAAUGAGUCUUGAUACCAUGUCCAGCCACAUUUUAACUAGACAUUGCGCUUCACCCUGUAAAGAGUUGGAGCUCUUUGGUUUUUCUUUAGACUGAGUGACAGACAAAAAGUCUUCCUCGUCAUCAUAGUUGUUACUCACAUUGCUCCCACCGCCACUUAACUAUCUCUGUCUUUCGAAUUUUCCAUCUUCUACCUUUUUUCCAUGCACUUUUUUACUGCAUCCACUCAACUGCUGUCAUAUGUUUUGUUUCAUACUUGUCUGAGCCUGUAUUUGGCGCCGCGCCGUGGUGCCGUGCGGUAAAUAGUAAGCAUUGGAUUAACGGAAGUUAACGUGUCCGUUAACAUUUUUAAAAGUUAACUUAAAAGUUAAUCCGUUAACCAAAAUGUUAACUUCGUUAAUUAACGAGUUAAUGCCCAGCUAUGAUUAUAUUCAAUGUUAUAUAUGCGUUAAAUAUAUCAUAUUAUGUGUAUGUAUUGAUAUAGUUGAAUGUGCGCGAUGUCUUGGCAUAUAAAUGAAAUUGGGUUGGUAUCAGGGUAGUGCCGCGGACUGUACGCAUACUACGCAAUGACCUGUGAUUUUAUUGACUGUAUUCAAGCCAAGUAUGUAUGUUCAGUGGAAUAUUCCGACGUAUACGGAGUGUACGGCCCCCACGCGUGAGUUCGAUUCUUUACCAGUUACAAGGUUUACUGUACAUAUAGCAUAGUAUGCGUAAUGUGCGAUUGCGGAUAAAAUUCAUACCUAUGUAUUAAUUGUAUUAUCUAAUCAUAAAUUUCCAUAUUGUUGUAUUAUAUCCAUUUUAUUGACGACAAUCAUAUUUCAAUAUUAUAUAAAAUAUACGCUAGCUACAUUAUACAUGUUAUUGUGAAAUUUAAAUGAAUACUUAACUCUGUAGAUUUUAUAUAUUAUAAAUUCAACCAAAGUUACAACCCAAUACUACAAACAAUGUCGGAGCGUCCGCGCAUCACGUCGCGGGCGCGGCCGGCUCUAUCUAUACGAUAAUGUGGUAUAAGGGUAUAAACGAGUGCCUUCAGACAUCCAGCCUUCAGCGGAAUGCAGGAUUGUUGAUUGUGUGAACAUGCCGCCAUUGCAUAGAUGGUAUACGACUAGUGCGAUUCCAUUUGUGUGUGACGUGUUAAAAUAAAAUGUUACUCUACAAACGAAAUGUAUAUUUUUUUACUUUAUUUCAAUAAUGAACGAUUCAUUUGAACACAAUCGAGAACCGUGCCACAGGAAUGCAGAUCAAGAUGUUGGCUGGGCAUGGGGCAAUGUAAUCCGAAAGGCUAGCGGGUAGUAUUUAUUUAUACGAUAUAACGUGUAUAGUCCACGACGCGGCCGCGCGGCCCUAGCGGGGUAGGCUGGGCAGUAGCGGCGGCGCCGCGGCCGGCUAGGUUACACAUGUUGUGUGUCGUUGUUUGUUGGGGGCUCAAGGCACGUUGCAUCGGUCGUAUCAUUUCAUUAGUGGAAGUAUUCUCCCUUCGAUUUCAAAUUAAUUUCCAAAGUUCAAAUCCAAAUAUUUCUUUAAUUUUAGAAAUUGCAUAGUGCCUUUUGCUCAAUUUAUGAAAUGUUGUAGGUACCAUUAAGUAUAAUGUUAAUGUUAGAGCCAUAUUUUUUGUUCCACCUUAUCGCAUGUGAACGUUCUGGCAGAGCGGGGGAAGCGGUCCGCGUGACGUGUGUCCGCGUGUCGCGCUGUGCUGGGACGCGUAUGAUGUAGAAGCAGACGCGUGGCCCGGCGGAUGCUGCCGACGCGGCGCCACGUGGUGUCGCGUGGCGUCGCGUCACAGCUUCUGUACCGCGGCCGCGGCCGGGUCUCGCACAACGUUGCCUCACACAGCGUUCCCUGCGAGCUUUAAUAAUUCUUUAUUAACUUUGCUCUUAUUUUUGUCAGUAUUUACUUUUUAUUGUGAUUUCCACCUAGUAAGGCAGUUACAUUACCUCAUUUUUAGUAAUUAUAUUAUGCAUAAAUUAUUGACUGAUAAAAUAAUUUCCAAAUGAUGUGUUCCUCGUGUGAUUUGUGUGCGUGUUUAUGUAAUAUGAAGUGUGGGGGUAGCGUUGUGCUCUAUGCUCAAUUUAGAUACAAUUUCACCAAACGAUUGAGAUAGUGUACAAUUUUUAUAUUUAAUUUAAUGAGAAACAAGUACCUAUUAAUAAUAAUUUUAAUAUUUAUAUUAAUAAAAAGUUACAAAAAAUAGUAAA